CAUAAACUAUCUACUCUUACACUAGAAAGUGUUCCUACUAAAGAAAAAGAAGAAAAAACAAUGCAGGCCUUCAACAUGAGCAUUGCCAACCCUUUGCGCUCUUUGUUAAUCUAUACCAUUUUGUUUCUUUUUGCAAAUGCUGUGUCUUUAGCAAAAGCUAAAAUCCACAACCACGACUUUGUUAUUCAAGCAACGCCAGUAAAGAGGCUGUGCAAUACGCACAGCACCAUAACAGUGAAUGGACAAUUUCCUGGACCAACAUUGGAAGUGAACAAUGGAGAUACUCUAGUUGUCAAAGUUGUGAAUAGAGCUCAGUAUAAUGUCACCAUUCAUUGGCAUGGGGUGAGGCAAAUGAGAACAGCAUGGGCCGAUGGACCAGAGUUUAUUACUCAAUGUCCAAUAAGACCAGGAGGGAGUUACACUUAUAGGUUUACAAUUCAAGGACAAGAAGGCACACUUUGGUGGCACGCCCACAGCUCAUGGCUCAGAGCCACUGUUUAUGGAGCCUUAGUUAUUCACCCUAAACAAGGAACUUCCUACCCUUUUCCUAAGCCCAAAAGAGAAACACCCAUUCUUCUUGGUGAGUGGUGGGAUGCAAACCCCAUUGACGUUAUUCGACAAGCCACGCGAACGGGCGCAGCGCCUAAUGUAUCUGAUGCUUACACAAUCAAUGGUCAACCAGGUGAUCUUUACAAGUGUUCUAGUCAAGAUACUACUAUAGUCCAUGUGGACUCAGGUGAGACGAACCUCCUUCGAGUCAUCAACGCUGGACUCAACCAACAACUUUUCUUCAAAGUAGCCAACCACAAGUUCACUGUUGUUGGAGCAGAUGCAUCUUAUGUUAAACCUUUCACCACAUCAGUCAUUAUGCUUGGACCAGGCCAAACUACUGAUGUCCUCAUCACAGCAAACCAACCACCGGCCCGAUAUUACAUGGCUGCGCGUGCCUAUGCAAGUGCUCAAGGUGCACCCUUUGACAAUACCACCACCACAGCCAUACUAGAAUACAAAGCUGCUCCUUGCCCUGCCAAAGGUGUCAUAAUCAAUCCCGUUCUCCCAUCUCUGCCCGCAUUUAACGACACUGCUACCGCCACUACCUUCACAUCCAGUUUCAGGAGCGCAAGAAAAGUCGAAGUCCCAACUAAAAUCGACGAAAAUCUGUUCUUCACAGUUGGAUUAGGACUCAAUAAUUGCCCUGCAGGAGCAAGCUCCAGCAGCUGUCAAGGUCCAAAUGGAACGCGAUUCACUGCUAGUAUGAACAACGUGUCAUUUGUGCUACCAUCCAAUUUCUCCCUACUUCAAGCACAUCAGCAGGGGAUACCUGGAGUUUUCUCAACUGAUUUUCCAGCAGUCCCACCAGUUAAAUUCGAUUACACAGGGAACGUGAGCAGGUCACUCUGGCAACCUAUUUCAGCAACUAAAUUAUACAAGUUAAAAUAUGGUGCGAGAGUGCAGAUUGUGUUACAGGGGACUAGUAUAUUCACAGCUGAAAAUCACCCAAUUCAUCUUCACGGUUAUGAUUUUUACAUUCUUGCUGAAGGAUUUGGGAAUUUCAAUCCACAAACUGAUACAGCUAAAUUCAACCUUGUUGAUCCCCCUCUUCGUAAUACUGCAAGUGUACCAGUUAAUGGAUGGUCUGUUAUUAGAUUCGUCGCUGAUAAUCCAGGAGUUUGGAUAAUGCAUUGUCACUUGGAUGUGCAUAUUACUUGGGGUUUGGCCAUGGCUUUCCUCGUCGAAAAUGGAGUUACUGAAUUGGAAGCAUUGGAGGAGCCUCCACUUGAUCUACCUAUCUGUUAACACUUGACAGCACCUUAGAACAAAAUUCACAACAUACAGAAAUUACUUUUAAUAUUUUAGUGAUGUUCCCCCAAUUUGUUUUAAUUAAUAGUUUCUUUUUUGAUACUCCUAUAUGAUUUGGGUCAAGAUGGUGGCAACACUUGCAAGUGAAGGCACCAUCUAUUUUAAAAUUAAACCCAGGAUGUUGCAGAUAUAUAUACAAUAGUUGUAUUCUUUCAAGUGCAAGAAGACGAAUUUACUUGAUUUCUGAAUAA